GGCUGUGUCAUCAUCGUUCAACGGACCUCGUCGCUCGUGAGACACAGAACAAUCGGGUGGACUGCGUUUGAUUAAUAGUAUUUGCCGAUCCCAAGAGCUGAUCCUUCAAAGGAGAUGAAGUCAAUUAUCACGAUAUGCUUCAUACUGGCGGUGGCUAAUGCCAACCCUUUCUGGAGAAAUGGAAAGGAAUGGCCGAAACAUCACCAUCCGCCAGGACACUGGUUCCCACCUGAAGAUACACCUAUGCCAAAAUGCCUGCCAUUCCAGCCCCCAGAACAUUUCUCAUUGAAACUGGAACCGUUGCUAGAAACUCUGUUUUCGUUCAAAGCUAAUCAGAAGAAUAGUCCUAUGCAGAGUUGCGCUGCUGUGUGGGUCUGUCGCAAACCGGAGACAAAUGACAUCAUCAUUACUGAGAUCGAUGGAACACAGACGGUAGUUAGCAAACAAUCGCCAAACGAAAGUAAUGGCCAAAUGAGUUCUACAGAAACGAAUACUAUGUCCUACACUACGCCAGAAGUAGAAACUGAAGUUAACAACACUGCAGGAGUGGGACUUCUGGAUAUUCGAUCAAGUGCACAAUAACUGAAUGGUAAAAGACAAUGAAUUCGAGGAGAAUUAUGCUUGAGAAUUUGACUUUUCUUGAUGAAUAGGAGAGUAGCGAUACAAAUAGCUAUGACGCAAUAAUGUUAAUAUUUU